UUUGCUCCUUUCCUUUCAUUAAACAAAUAGGAGAUCCCGAAACCUGGACCCAGCUCCAGGAGGAGGCGGAGGUAGGCAGAGCGCGGGAUGGGCGCAGAGGAGCAUCUGUGAUUUCUCGCACCCCUGGCCCCUCGCGCACACCCCCACGCACACUCACACGCACACACACACACACACACACACACACACACACACACGCACACACACUCCACACGCCUGCGCUGCGCGCUCGCCGGCUCCCUCUCCCACGCAGGCGGAAUGCAGCAGCGCCCGGCAAGCGCGUCUGCAGCCGCUGCCUGAAUGCACCUAGCUGCCCUGAGCCGGACGGCCCCGUAGGGCGCACGGAAGGACGCUCCGCCUGCGGAGCCUGGACAAUUUCAGACAGUGCAGUUUUGCUACAUGGUCUGAGAAAUGGCUGUAGGAAACAACACUCAACGAAGUUAUUCCAUCAUCCCGUGUUUUAUAUUUGUUGAGCUUGUCAUCAUGGCUGGGACAGUGCUGCUUGCCUACUACUUCGAAUGCACGGACACUUUUCAGGUGCAUAUCCAAGGAUUCUUCUGUCAGGAUGGAGACUUAAUGAAGCCUUACCCAGGGUCAGAGGAAGAAAGCUUCAUCAGUCCUCUGGUGCUCUACUGCGUGCUGGCUGCCACUCCAACUGCUAUUAUUUUUAUUGGUGAGAUAUCCAUGUAUUUCAUAAAGUCAACGAGGGAAUCUCUGAUUGCUGAAGAGAAAAUGAUCCUAACUGGAGAAUGCUGUUACCUGAACCCCUUACUCCGAAGGAUCAUCCGAUUCAUAGGGGUAUUUGCAUUUGGACUUUUUGCCACGGACAUUUUUGUUAACGCCGGACAAGUGGUCACUGGACACUUAACACCGUACUUCCUAACAGUGUGCAAGCCAAACUACACCAGUUCAGACUGCCGGGCACACCAGCAAUUCAUAAACAAUGGGAACAUUUGCACUGGGGACCUGGAGGUGAUAGAAAAGGCUCGGAGGUCCUUUCCAUCCAAACACGCUGCUCUGAGCAUUUACUCCGCCUUAUAUGCCACGAUGUACAUCACAAGCACAAUCAAGACAAAAAGCAGUCGGCUGGCCAAGCCUGUGCUGUGCCUGGGGACCCUCUGCACAGCCUUCCUGACAGGCCUCAACCGUGUCUCAGAGUACCGGAACCACUGUUCAGACGUGAUUGCUGGCUUCAUCCUGGGCACCGCAGUGGCCCUGUUUCUGGGAAUGUGUGUAGUUCAUAACUUUAAAGGAACACAAGGAUCUCCUUCCAAACCCAAACCUGAGGAUCCCCGUGGAGUUCCCUUAAUGGCUUUCCCAAGGAUAGAAAGCCCCCUGGAAACUUUAAGUGCACAGAACCACUCGGCCUCCAUGACUGAAGUCACCUGAGAUGACGGAAGCAGUGUGGCUGUUUUUUAAAACCACCUUCAAUUCAAUACUUCAAAACACACAGUUACUCAGCGUCAAACUGUGAAGACAAGUAUUACGUUUAUCUAGUUAGAGGCUAAUGUUUUGUACAUUUUUUUGUAUGAAAAGUGAUGUAGCUUGCCCUGAUCUUUCUUUUGUCAGCUUUAAUAUAUUUAUGCCAGAAUUUUAAAACCAACAAAAUUUUCCUCUUGUCCAAAUGUGUAUUGACGCAUCAUUUAUUGAGUGGUUGAUGUUCUGUGGUCUUUGUACACAAAUUUUCUUUUCUCAGUUUUAUAAAUACAAAGUUAAUAAUUCACUCUAAACUUUUAUUACCACAGUUGCUGCCUCCUCCAGAAGUUUUGAAUUUUAAUGAAAGUUAAACUUUUGAGUUACAGGAAGGACAAAUGGCAGUUAAUGAUGAAUCUCAAAAUCAAAAAUCAACCAAGGAAAAAAAUAUAUAUUUGGAGAGAACUUUGUGUUCUGGCUUGUUAAUGAUUUAUUUUGUUCCAAAUUAAAGUGAUAUACUAGUUGCCUAACCUUUGGGAUAGAAGUUGCCUAACAAUUGACACAGAAGCCUAGAUUUAGGGGUUCGUUUUGAUUAUAGGAUUCUUUCUUAGACAACAGCCUCACCCAUCUAAGGAACUCAAGAUCUGUCUGAAAUUGUGUCCUUGAGCAGGCAGGUUGUCACCUGUAGCCUUCUUUCCAAAACAAAGCAGCCAGCACCAGCCUUUCCUGUCAACUCAACAGUUUUGUAUAUCACAUUGUAUGAAUUUAUAUAAAAAUAAAUAUUUUACAGUUUGCACAGUAUUAUUUUACAGAAAGGAUUUCAGAGCAUCUACAACGUAGAGCCUCAGAGCAACAGCUUCGCUUGUGGCUUUUAACCAUUAGGAUUUUAACUGCAUCCCAUUUUUCUAGCAUGGUGAUAAUGUGUACCUCCUUUGAGAGAAGGAGUUCCUUGUCUGUACCUAUCAGAAUGUUUUCUUGACACCUCCAUGUCAGCUCUUCUUAGCUUUUUUUGUACAUAUUUUUUUUUCUAAAGAGAAAAAAAGUUAUCACAAAAUG